GUAUAUUAAUAUGUAAUUUUAUAUACUUAUCGCUGCUGAAAAUAGAUGGUUCAUGCCUGUUGGUGGUACUACUUCUCUAAGUUUACUGAAUUCUUGGACACAAUUUUCUUUGUUUUGAGAAAAAAGACAAGUCAAGUCACAACGCUUCAUGUAAUUCAUCAUGGUUGCAUGCCUAUGUCGGUAUGGUUUGGCGUUAAAUUCACACCAGGUGGUCAUAGUACAUUCUUUGGUCUGCUUAAUACAUUUGUACACAUUGUUAUGUACACGUACUAUAUGUUCUCGGCCAUGGGACCACAAUAUCAGAAAUAUUUGUGGUGGAAAAAGUAUUUGACCACUUUCCAAAUGGUUCAAUUUAUUUUGAUUAUGGUACACGCCUUCCAAUUGCUUUUUAUCGAUUGCAAUUAUCCAAAGGCUUUCGUCUGGUGGAUCGGUAUGCAUGCAGUUAUGUUCUUCUUCCUAUUUAAUGAAUUCUAUAAGGCAGCUUACAAGGGUCGUCGCACGGAAUACAAGAACUUCUUCAUGUUCCUCUUGCAGCGUCGUGAAAAAGGCUGUGAUAGCGAUAGCAAGCCAAUUAAAUCGAAUGGUUAUGGACCCCUGAAUGGUAUGUGCAUGAUUAUUGAUGAUCAACAAGCACAGCAAACAAGCACAGCCAAUGGUCAUGCUAAUGGACAUGCAAAUGGCAAAGUCAAUGGCUUAAAGAAUGGCUACAAACAGGCAAAUGGCAACUCUACCAAUAUGAAUGGUAGCGCAUACAAAAAUGGCAGCACGGUGGCGAAUGGACACAACACAAGCAACGGCAGCUCUAAACUACGCGGCGAAUUACCUGCAACACUAACGCAGCGAAAAAUACAAAAAUAAUAUUACGCCGCUGCUACAAAAAAAUCUAGGAAAUAAAUUUAUAUAAAAAAUUAUGCUAUAAAUUUUUCUAUUAUAAUUUUAUAUACAAUUCAAAAGAAAAACAAAGUUUUUGUAAAAGUUCAAGCAAGCAGCAAUCAUUUACAACUCAGUCUGUAUAUGUUUGCCUAAGGACAGCAAUCAGAAAAAAUAAAAACAAUAAAAAAUUUGUAUAGUUUUAUUAUUUAAAAGAACUUUUUUUUUGUUAAUAUU